AUGGAAAAAUUAAUUGAAUCUGGUACUUUAAAAAUUAUUGAAGAAAAAAGAAUUGUUGCAGAUAUAUCAAAUUUAGAAAGAUCUAAAAAAUCUGUAAAACAAUUUGAAAUUCAACAAAAUGCAAUUGAUGAGGAACAAAAGCUAAUUGAUGAAUUAAAGAAAACUCUUGAAGAUAGUGAAUUUAAAAAAAUAAAUGAGGAAUAUGAUGAUAUUAAAGCACAACUUGAAAUAAUUAAUAAAGAUUUUGCUUCGGAUAAAGAAAAACGUAAUGAUUUAUAUGAUAAAAAAAAUAAAAUCCGUGAACAAAUUAAUGAACUAAUUGCAAAUAGACGUGAAAUUCAAGAACAACAUAAAGAAGCUAAAUUUGAAUUUUGGAAAUACCAGGAGGAUGAACAAAAACGUCGUCAUGAAUUAAGAAGGAAAAUGGAUGAAGAACGCGAAAAACAAUACAAACAGGAAGUUGCCGAUACAAAACGUGAAGAAGCUGCUAUUCCUGCUUUUCAAUCAGAUAUUGUUACUUGUGACAAUUUAAUUAAUUACUUUCAAUCUUUUAAUGGAGGAAAAUCAUCUCAACCUCAACCACAAACUCCUAAUACUAUACCAGUUGAUAGUAAUAUUCGUCAACCCGAUGCUACUAGUAAUGUUCCCGAAGGUGCUGUUCUUAUGAAAAAAUCCGAUAGAGAUGAUGCUUAUUUCACCGGAGGUGGCAAAAAACACAAAAAGUCUCCAAAGGAAAAGAAGGGCGGUAAAAGUAAUUCUUUUCAACUUCCUAUUAGCGUUAUGGAUCAGUUAAUUUCUUUCAAAAUUGCUACACCUCAUAAUUUUUCUGAAAUAGAGCAAACUAUUGAAGGUUUAAUUAAAAAGAAAGAAUAUUUCAUUGAAAAUCAAGAGCGUACUACUAAGGAAAAUAUUGAAAAGGCUGAGGCUGAAAUAGCUGCAAUGGAGGGAAAAGGUCUUGGCUACAAGAAAAAGGUUACUACUAGUGAGGAAGAAAAGGUUAAAAAUACUACUGCUAUCAUUGCUGAAAAUGAUGAGAAAAAAAAUGUAAUUACUGCCGCUGUUGGAGACACUAAAGAGGAAAAAACUGAAUUAGAAACAACUAAUUAUUGA